AUGCGGCUGGCCGUCGCCAUCUUGCCACUCACCCUCUUUUUCAGUGGGCUACUAUGCAGCGCCGACUACUAUGAAAUAUUGGGCGUCGCCAAGGAUGCCGAUGAUCGGACGAUUCGAAAAGCUUUCAAGAAAUUGGCGAUCCAGAAGCAUCCGGACAAGAACAAGGACAACCCGGAAGCGCACGCAGAAUUCUUGAAAAUCAACAGGGCAUACGAAGUGUUGAAAGACGAGGAACUGAGGAAAAAGUUUGAUCAAUAUGGUGAAAAGGGUCUGGCGGAUGACUUCAACCCGAACCAGAACUUCCAGAGUUGGCAAUUCUACAAUGAUAAUUUUGGAAUCUACGAUGAUGAUGUCGAGAUUGUGACCCUCAACCGGGCGGAUUUCAACAGGGUUGUACAAGGCACCGGCGAGAUUUGGUUCAUAAAUUUCUACUCCACCUUCUGCUCCCAUUGCCACCAGCUUGCGCCAACAUGGCGCAAAUUUGCCGCGGCCAUGGAUGGUGUGAUACGCGUGGGUGCGGUCAACUGCGCGGAAGAUCCGGGACUCUGUCAAAGCCAACACGUUCACGGAUAUCCCAGCCUCGUUUGGUACCCAGAGGGCACUUUCUACCAAGGCCCGCGUGAUCUGGAACUUAUUGUCGAAUUCGUCAUGACGCGUCUUCCUGACUUUGUGAUCCCAGUCACUCAUGAGAAUUAUCUGACGUUAUCCCGAGAUGAAGCCGAGACCGCCGGCAGACCUUGGAUUAUUGAUUUUUGCGACGACUCUGACAGAUGCCUGACACCGGAAAAUCGCCGCAAACUGGCGUCGAUGUUAUAUGGCCUGGUGAAUGUGGGAACUGUCGAUUGUCACUACGGCACGACAAAAGACAAGCUGUGCGAGAAAUUUGACCGCACGGACGGCGUUCUCUGGUUUGAUGCUGGUGCCAUUUCCGCCGAAUCUGCAACGGUGCUUGAAUCUCUGGAUCCGAAAGAAUUAGCUUCUACUGCUAUCAAAAAUAUGGAUGGGCUGCCGGAGUUUGACGAGGAUGACCUCAAAUCUCUUUUUGAUCGCCAUAUUGGGGCGACGGAGGACACCGUUGUCUGGUUCGUGAAGGACCAGUCAACGGUGGAGGAAAACAAGGAAAUGCUUCCGACCACAAUUCUCUUCAAGGCAAACGGAGGCUAUGAGAUUAACUAUGCGACCUCGAAAACAAGCUGGCGUGAUCAAGCCCUCUUCAUCCGCGAGUCGUUGAAGACCCCGAUGAAGGAUUCGCUCAACCCGUCGGUCGUCGAACUGACGCCGGAGAAGUUCAGGGCCGAGGUUUUGAACAAGGAUGCUGAAAUCACUUGGGUUGUCGACUUCUUUGCCCCGUGGUGCGGCCCUUGUCAACAGCUCGCACCGGAGUUCAACAGAGCUGCUCGAAUGCUGCGUGAUCAUGAUUCGGAGAAUGUCAAAUACGGAUCCAUAGAUUGUCAGGCCCAUCGGACCCUUUGCGACAACGAGAAGGUUACCGGAUACCCAACCGUUCGUCUCUUCCCGGCCUCAAGUGUGCAGAAGCAGCGCAAGCUCGGGAAAAAUCUAAAUUAUCCCCAAAACAUGUGGCGGAACGCGGAUUCGAUUUCCCAAUGGACGAUGGGAUACCUUCCUUCGCUAGUCGUCCCAAUGGGCAACGAAUUUUUCACGGAGGUUUUGGAUGCGAAGACUCCAUAUCUAGUCGAUUUCUAUGCGCCUUGGUGUGGGCCUUGUAUGCGAUUUGUUCCGGUAUUUGAUCAGAUUGCCAAGGCGUUGGAAGGGCGUGUUCAGUUGGUGAAAGUCGAUUGUGAUCAAUGGCCCGGUGUUUGUCAAGGAGCCGGGAUCCAAGCCUACCCGUCAAUUCGUCUGUACCGCGGAGCAAAGAAUGGACGACGUCAAGACGGCUGGGGCAUCUCCAUCCAAUCGCAAAUGAAGAACGAUAUCAUCCAGAUUCAACUCGAACAAUAUGCGACGUCACCGGAAUUGGCAGAAUGCCUGGUAGAAUGCGUCUCAAAUACUGUCGGCGGGCUCGAGGGCAAAACCGCGUUGACAUCGAUCCCGUGGCCCUACGGACAUGCCAGGAAAAUUUGGCGGGUGCUGAAGUUUCGAGCAGAUGUGACCUUAUUCAAGCGGACGCGCUUCAACUCCCAUCUUUGU